GCGCUCCGACCGCAAGAUCCUGUGUUUUUUCUGUUAGAAUUGUAAUUUUAAAUUUGAUUAGGAUUAGAUAUUACAAGUUCGAGUCAGAUUAGGCUUAUAAGUUGGGUUGAUCAUUCCCUAUUCACAACUGUCCCAAAAAGCCAAGGGAGAAAGAGAAGGGGUGGCUCUUUCUAUCUCUUCUUUCUUCAAUCUCUCGUCUACUUCUCUAGUAAUCCAACAAUUUUAGUUCUUUGAAGAGCGGGCGUCGGAUUGCUGGCUAUGUCUUCGUCGAGGGCGAUAAAGGGGAGCGGCGGGAAGGAGAAAGGGGCCGCCGUGCCGGACGUGAAGAAGAAGGUGGUUGGACCUGGUAAAUCGAUCUCGGUCGUCAAGCAGAAACCCGUCAACGUUGUUUCUAAGCUGGAGGGGAAAAAAGUAACAAGUUCAUCGAAAACUGUCACGAAGACAACCAGACGGAAAGCUGAGAAGAAAGUCUAUGCUUUGCCUGGUCAGAAGUAUGACAUCCCCGAAGAGAGGGAACCUCUGAGGAUAUUCUAUGAAUCCUUAUCAAAGCAAAUUCCGUCAAGCGAAAUGGCAGAAUUUUGGAUGAUGGAACAUGGUUUGCUAUCUCCUGAAAGAGCAAAGAAGGCAUAUGAGAGAAAGCAAAAGAGACAGCAACAGCUAAGAACAGGCACUCCAAUCAAAUCCAGUAAGCAAGAUAGGCCAGGAAGUUCAAAGAGUUUGCAGGCAUCAAGGAAUGAAGGUUUCACUUCAAGGAAAAGGAUCAACUGUAGCAAUGAUGAUGGUCUCAUUGUAAAAUCAAAAAAAAUAAAAGCAUAAAAGAUGAUGUAUGUUCAGUGUUAUAGUUAUGCCAGCUCUCAAAUUGUAGCCCAUUCAAGAUUUAUAAGGGGACCUCUUUAGUAGUUGUUCCAUGUCGUAAAUUGUAGUUGCUAAAUAAGCAUUGUGGUUGGUUUAUCAUGUCCCCUGGUGUAACAACGAAGAAACAAGAAGUUCCUUGUAUCCUCUAAUUACUUCUUAUUGGUUCAUGUUGAUACAAUAAAUUCUUAUAGUCAAUUGUUUACAAUUA